AUGGAAACUCCAGCCAAGGAACACAAGCGCCAGACGCUGCUGCACUCACUGGCCGCCCUGGCCCGACGUCGGAUGGGGAGCAAUAGCAGCAACAGCACCAAUAGCAGCAGAAAUAGCAGCAGCGCCAGUGCCCGAUCUCCAGUUGCAACGACUGGCGGUUUCGACGCCGACUUGCUCGGCUCUUCUGCUGCCGUGUCGUCGUCGCCGCUGCCGUGUUCGGCUCAGCAUGACGAGACUGGAACACGAAAGGAGCAGUCGAGUGGACCGUAUGUCCUGCCUUCGGCUCGUCGCCUCCGCAUGGCACCGUUGCGUCUAUUGGCUAUGACGAGAAGUAUCUUGCAGGCGUCUCUGCGUGUUAUGGACCCGUCGGCGGCUGAGAGUGGACUUGUUGUGCCUCCCGAGACAGGAGCUGUCGAGACUGAGGCUGUCACCGUUACUGUUGAAGACGACGACGAUGCGUUCAGUCAAGACGGCGCGAGUAACGCGCUGGAACGGCCACGCGACAGCAGUCGUGCUCUACCAGGAUGUGCGACAACCCUUUCCGAAACGUCAAGAGACUGUACGAACGACGGGUCCAUUAUGUACGCGGUCGCUCUGCUCCGUAAACUGCAGCAGCACGCCGGUGCCAACGAACGCGGCGAGGCUGAGGUCCAGCGCAAAGAGCUCGAUCAGAUUCUGCAUGGCUUCAUCCGUGCCCUGGAAACCAUGACCUUGACGUGGGGCAAGCGGAGCGUCAAGAACACAGUGCAAACGCUCUUUGAUGCCCACGCGCACGUGUUUGACGACAGCAUGCAGAACUUCUUCAUCCAACACUUUCUGCACGAACCCGAGGGCGUCAAGACAUUCCGCACGGCACUGCAUCGAACGAGCAUGCUUCGCCGCUGUCUGGUGGCCAUGUAUCAGACUGAGUGUGGCGACAGUGCAAAACGCAGCAAGAACUUGGGCGACGACAACGGAAUCGCUGCCCGCUGCUGGAGCAAUGUGCUGGCACAGAUCACAAAGCCGGAGAAUCACGCAUGUCGUCUGUUUUCGAUUGAAGAGUGCCCGGAGCUCACAAAUCCAUCCGCUGUCCGUGCUGUGGAGCAUGCGAUUGCCAAGAUUGACUCCUGGGACUUUGACGUCUUUGCGAUCACGGUGGCUGUUCCAGGCCAGGCAUUGUGCAUCGUCGGUAAUGCAUUACUAGAGAAAUACGAUUUCUGCCGUCAUUUUAAGACCUCGAAAGCGCGCGUGACAUCAUUCUUGCAGCAUGUGCAGCGCAGAUAUUACGGCCACCCGUAUCACAACGCCGAGCAUGCCGCAGACGUCGCCCAAACGCUGCACCAUUUUCUGACCGUAGGAAACUUGGGCAGCUUGUUGACUGAACGCACCAAGUGUACGGCACUUCUAGCAGCCAUUAUACACGACGUCGGUCACACAAGCUACAGCAACAAUUUUCAUAUCGCCAUCAAUGAUGACGUGGCUGCCCGAUACGUGUACAGCUCUCCACUUGAGCACAUGCACUGUGCAUUGGCCUUCCAAUUGAUGAAGGACCCCCGAUGCAACAUUCUCCAAGGUCUUACGAAGACCGAGCAGCGAGAGACUCGCAGUGUGAUCACCGACAUGGUAUUGGCGACCGACAACAGCGUGCACUCUGCGUGCCUGGGCAAGCUGGACAACCUCGUAAAAAGGUCAACAAGAAAAGGCUGGAAUUACGCAGAUCCGAAUGAUGAGCGACUGGUGCUGCAAAUGGCGCUGCACACUGCAGACGUGUCGAACCCGACCAAGCCGUUGCACAUUUACCUCGUCUGGGCUGAUCGCAUCAAACAGGAAUUCUACCAGCAAGGCGACAAGGAGCGUGAACUGUUGCUACCCGUGAGCAGCGGCUACGAUCGCAAGCAGCCGAUUCCACUGGAGAAGAUGCAAGCAGGAUUUAUCAUUGGCAUUGUUCGACCGCUCAUUCUCUCGCUGAGUCUGCUGCCAAGUGCACGAUUGGAUCACUGUAUGGAGCAGUUGGACGCCAAUUUGGGCCAUUGGCAGCGUCAGAUCUGCGAGACUCAGUCGUCCUUAAAGGUUACAGAUGCUUGGGAUGAUGAAGCUGACGCACGUGGUGCCAAUUAG